UUUGAAAUGGAGGGUAUCAACGUCCAAGAUGAGCCUUUUAAUACCAGUAUGUCAAGCCCAUCCUCAAAUGUUUUGGAGUUUGGUUGCCAUGGAGUUGGUGAUUCCCAAGUCAAUUAUCCAAUUUCAAUGGCAGUCACAGAUGAGAUUGCUAGUCGAUGCUUCCACAAUAUCUCCAUAUUAGAUCCUCAGUAUUAAGCGUAUAUUACUUCGGAUAUAGUGUUUCGGAUUCACUCAAUGAUCAAAAUGGUAUCUUAAUUCACAAGAUGAUAAUAUAUUAAUUAUAUUUCCUGUAUAUCUCUCAAAAGUCUUCUUAGUCGUCCAUGGGACCCGCUUUAAAAAUCAUACAGAGCUCUCCUUUUUCUUCUUCAAAAUUCUGAUUCACUGUGAGAUAUAGAUUUCUGCUUUCCCUUCUUCCCGAAAGUGGAUUCAAGGUUGCAGACUCCCACAGUUGACUUACAGUUCUUCCCCGAAUCUGCCUUCGUUUCCAUCUUUUUCUUCUAUCAUACUGAUGCUUACUAGUUUUCUUUUUAUUUUUUCUUCAUUGAUUUGCUAUGCGCCUCUCUUUCCUGGUCGUCUUCUUCAUCUACACUGCAAGGUCAUCUCCUUUGUUUGGUAGCUGGGAAAAGAAGUAAUCGCAGGUUGAUAGGAAAAGGAUAUAAUGUCUGUGUUUCUAGAAAUCCUGAAAUGUAUUCUUUGUUGUGAAGAAGAUCAGCAUCAUGGUGACAAUGAUGAUUGGAGAGAUCCUCCCAGGGCGUCUCGCUUUUUUGGGACUUUUGCAGGGAAUAGCUUUGCUUCUAGAUACCAUUUGUUGCAAUCUGAGUCAAUGUCAAGGACACAAAGUUAUCAUUCUACUAACACAAUUUCAUCUCCUCUCCUUACAAGUAGCAAGGCAAGACCCGCCGCAUCUCCAGGUCGAUUAGUUCAGAGCAGGUCAGUUUUAGGUCCAAGCACGACUAGUUCCCCCUCACGUCUUAACACAGUGGAAAGAACUAAUGAAGUGCGUCAGAGCUCAACAACUUCUAGUUCAUAUACCACGUACUCACCUCGGUCGUCUAUGCCACCUAAUUCUUCAUCACAGACUCCAUCCUCUUCUUUGCCAUAUGUUAAACCCACAAAGUCUUUUUUGAACCCAUCAGCACCAUCUCAUUCUGAGCUCCCUUCUCCUUCAACUAAGCCCCUUCCGUCGUUGAAACCAACUCUAUCUCGUGCUUCAUCUAAAUCAAGUAACAAGGAUAGCUACAUUUUGGUUGGAGCAUCGCCAACUUACAUGAUUCCUAAGAAUAUAAUAGACUUGAUUAAGAAGGAUAUUGUGCCUGGAGUUCUGGAACAUCCAUUGUCUCCAUCAACAUACAGUGAUUAUUUUUCUGCUCUGCUAUAUGCUGAAGACUACUACAUUGAGAAAUGGUGCAAAUUCCAGUUGGAGAAUGUGAAAUUGAAGUUAGAAGUAGUAUCAGUCUAUAAGAGGUCAGGCAAGAACCGACAAACAUCUGAAAAUAAGGAAAAGGAGAAAAAGAUAUUUGUAGCGUUUGAGGUUGAUUCAGUCCCUGAAAGGCGACCAUUUCUCUUAUCGAGGGAUUUUGUCUUUGCACAACCUUCAGGCAGGAAACUUGAGCCAUUUAGGGGUUUGGUACAUCGUGUCGUGAGGAGCACAACAGUAUUAGUUGAAUUUGGAGAUGAUUUUCAUUCUCAGCACCAUCCAACAUGCAAGUAUGACAUUAGCUUCUCUUUCAACAGAGUCUGUCUAAAGAGGGCUCAUCAGGCCAUUGCAGCUGCAUCAGAUCCUUCAUUUCAGAGCUUCAUUUUCCCCGAUAGUGUUUCCCAUAAGCGUAUAGCUAGUUCUGCUCCGUACAUUCUAUGCAACUAUAAACUUGAUCUUGAUCAGAAGUCCACAGUUCAUCAGAUUUUGGACUUCCAGGGUUCACCACCUUAUCUUGUAGAGGGUCCACUGUGUGUAACAGAUUCAAAGCUUUCACAAACAGGAAUUGUUGUUCAAGAGGUGAUAUUUCAACUUUACAAACAGAAUCCCAAGCAUCAUAUACUUGUAUGUGCGCCUAUAAAUAACACUUGUGAUGAACUAAUGAGUAGCUUGAAGAAGAAAAUCCCUGAGUCAGACAUGUUUCGAGCCAAUGCUGCAUUCAGAGAGAUCGAUGGGGUACCUCUGGACAUCCUGCCCUCGUGUCUUUACAAAGGGGAAUGUUUUACUUGUCCUUCCAUCCAGGAAUUCCGGAAGUACCGGAUAAUAUUUUCAACAUUUGUGAGUAGCUUUCGGCUACAUCACGAAGGAAUUACUGCUGGGCAUUUCAGUCAUAUCUUCUUGGUGGAUGCCUCAUCAGCUACUGAGCCAGAGGUGAUGGUGGCCUUGGCUAAUUUGGCCACAGAAAGAACUGCUGUCAUAGUUACUGGUGCACCUGGGAAUUGUUCAAAAUGGGUCCGCUCUGAAAUUGCACGAAGAAAUGGAUUGAAAGAAUCAUAUUUCGAAAGACUAUGUGCAAGCUACCCCUACAGGACUCGCAAUUCGAGCUUCAUUUCUCGACUGGUAAACAGUAGGGACAAUCCUUCUCCUUAAUAUCUAUGAAUUGCUCUGUUGUCUCAUGAAGGGCAACCAGCUGCGACAUUCAAACUAUGUUAUUUGCUGGCUGCAUGUAUAUUUUGCCUUCUAUUCUCUUCUUUUUGUACCUCACUAGUUAUGCUUGUGGACUAUAAAAUUAAAGGUAAUGUUGUUUGUGUGGCAGACUUCUUUCCGGGAUGGCUAGUCUAAAUAAGAGCGCAAAAUUCCUUUAUGAUA